AUGGCGGAUGAGGAUGUUCUUGACGCUGAACAAGGUCUCUAUCAACGAACAACAAGACAGCGACAUACGGACGAACAGGAGUGUGCUGAGAUGAAGCUGAGCCUGCGGCUGGUGAGUCGUGGGUAUUUAUCCCAGAUGAGGUCAUCGGAUCAGAUAAUUCGAGUCAAACCUGGACUCCUUGGGCCGCAACUCAUCUCAUCCAUCCCAAGACACCGACUAGGACGGGCAAGAUGGCGAAUGACGGAACCAAACCCAACACCCCACUUGGCCCUAGUGCUUGUUAACCAACAACGGUGGCCAACGCAGAAGCAACUAUAUGUACAGAUACGGCCCCAGAUCUUCGCGGAGAUGGGGCAGGGCGGGGGCGGCAAGAGUCUGAGGUUUGAGCAGGCAUGA